ACAAAAUUUCACCACUUAAAUUAAAUGAAUUUUUUCGUAUUAAUCUUUUCUAUAUUCACAGGUAAUCAGUUUAAUUCGUUCAUUGUAUCAUGAACAUAAUAGACGAUCAUAUGGUAUUCAAAUUCGUCAAUUGGCCGGAUUAAUUUUAUUAAAAACUAAUAUUUCAAUACCGGAUUUUGUAAACAUUAUUUUAUCAACAUUAGAUAAAAAUAAUCAUCAAUUAGGACUUUAUAUGUGGCGUGCUAUUAACACAAUAUCACAAAAUAAUGAAUUAUUAGCUAAAAAGUUAAAAUUUAUUAUUGAUCAACAAAUGAUUCUAUUAAAUUUUGACGCAUUAGCCUACAAAGGUCAAUCAGACUAUUAUUAUCGUCCAUUUUUAACGACAAAUAAUUUUAGUACAUACUAUACGAUAUCACAAUUAAUGAGUAGAAUGGGUACUUUAAAAGAAAGUGAUUUUAUUAUUAAUCUUCAACAACAUGAAACAAAAGAUGUUUAUGAAAUACUUUCAGUAGGACAUAAUCUUUUUGGUGUUAGUGCACAAGGUUUAGAAUCUUAUGUGACAGAUAAUGUUGAUGAGUUAGAUCAAAGUGCUCAAGAAGAAGAAUUACAUGCACAAUUAAGAAUAAAUAUAUUAAAUAUACAAUUAACACCCGUGGAAUUAUUUCAAGGUAUGGCAGAAUUAAUGGGAGCUGUUUGGGGUGCACCAUCAGAAUUAACGUCCGCAUUUAAGAGUAAUUUAAUGGUACAUGAUCUAUCACAUUAUAUUCAUCUUCACAAUGGUAUAGUUGUUCAUUAUGAAGCACAAAGUGCCGUAUCUUUAGAUUUAUCAGGUAUGGCAUCAAUUAGUCUCUGGAAUAGAAACUCCCAUUUAGUAAUAAGAGUAAGUACUGGUUUUACUAUUCGAAGUCAUAUUAAUAUAUUAUUCGAUAUUAUAACAACUGGAAUUAAUCUAACAAUAAGUGCAAAUACAAUCGUAGAUUAUACAACAGAUGUUGAUUAUGCGGAUAGUCCAAUUUGUGUAUGUAUGCAAAUGACGAUUCAGCCAAUUCAAGUACAUGAUAAUAUUGAAAAUUUCUAUUCGAUAAAACAAAAACAAUCUUAUAGAUGGUUUAAAAAUCGAACACGAACAUAUCCAGGUAUUGAUUAUUCGUUUACAGAUAAAAAUAAUCAAAUGUGUCGAUUAUUACACAAUUCUUAG